ACCGGUAGAUAAAUGAACACAAAACAGCCGUAGGUUCAGUGUUGUCAUAAUUGGUCAUAAUAACAACAAUGUUUUUAUGGAGAUAUUAGAAAUAUUUUUAAAUUUUAAAUUAUAAUAGAAACAGUGUUCAUUUGUAUUUGUAAUUAUUUAUGUUAAUUAUGAAUUGAAUAUAUAUAAAAUCUGGUGAAAAAUAUAUAUGUCAGGACAGGUGGUACAUGAAAGAUGCAUCUGCUGAACAAAGACAAGAGAAAGUGUUUUAUUUUAUUUUUAUACGCGACCACUUAUCACUUUAUAUAAAUUUAUAAACAGUAUUACGAUUAAUAUAGUGAUCAAUUUUAUUAUAAAAUAACAGUUAAUAUUUUUAAAAAUAAUAUAUACUAUUUGUAAAUUCAUCAAGGUGACGUAAAUAUGAGUCAAGAGUUUAAAAAUGACCCAUUGAGUUCACAAAAUAACUCACAUGGAGGUACUGCAAGUCAUCAAAGUAUAUCUAGAUGUAAAUCCGAGCCAGUUAAAAUAAAAGAGUUGAUUAAAAUGUGUGGAAAUUAUGAUGACGAUGAUGAAGAUGAUAAUGAUGAUGACAGUGAAGACAAAAGUAAACAUUUUGAUGAAGAUGUUGAAGAAGAAUUUGAUGAUUGUCAUACUUUACCAUCGAGUGAAACUGAGAUGGUUAAAGAUCCAGAAUCAAAUUAUUGCUUGAAGUCUGAAAGAUUAUCAGAAUCUUAUAAAAAUAUACAUGAAUCUGUGAAUAAAGUUGAAAAAUUACAAGUUGCUCAUAGUUCACUGAUAAAUUCAAUGGCAAGUGUUCCUGAUUUUAUUUUAACAUCUCAAAGCUCUAGUAUUAGUCGACAAAAUCAUGAUAGAGUCCAGCAUGAUAGAGUCCAACAUGAUAGAGUCCAACAUGAUAGAGUCCAACAUGAUAGAGUCCAAAAUGAUUACAAAUACUCCAAUGAAAAUGAUGAUUUAAAAUUAUCUAAACAAUCGUCCAUUAGUAACUUAGCAACAGAUGUAGUUAAAAUGGAAAUUGGUUCUCUAGCUUCAUCAUCACAUAUUCAAUUAGACAAUCCAAUUAAUAAACAGUCGAGUAUAUUGUCUACAAUAUCACCAGCUCAAAUAUCCGGACCAGCGACAAUUCCCAAAUCUGAUUCUAUUCUAUCGGGUUCAACUUACAUGAUUAAACAGCCUAGUUUUAAAUCUGAACCGGCCAGUAAUGUUCAUUCUACCCACGAAAGACAUACUUAUGGUACAGCAGGUUAUAAAACAGAACAUAAUUCUACUCUAGAACGUCACUCGACUGCUAAUCAGCCGCAAAAUGUUUCUACAAAUCAUUUAGCAUCGAAAACUCCUUUGAAACAUAAUCCUCCAGUGGGUAGUCAAAGACCGAUACCGUCUGUAUCGCAUAGAAAUAUAUUUCAAACACCGCAAAAUAAAACAUCUGGAGAUUAUGGUAAUUCAUCUCACAUGCAAACGCCAGCAACUAUUUUUUCACAUUGGUCACAAAAUAAUAUGAUAAAUACACCAUCACAAAGUAGACUUCUUAAUUCGGGUCAUACUCCAGGACAAUCGGUUGCUUCACAACGAGAUUCGCAAUGGUACAGAAAUACUGAUUCCUCAGUAAAAGGAGUAAGAAGACCGUUAACAGAAACAUCAGAUUAUCGAGCACCUGUAAAAAAUUUACAAACACAUGGAAAUAAUCAUGACUUGAUCGAUAAUCAAAAUCGUGAUCAUCUAAAAGCUAUUUCUGAAAAGUCUUCCCACGUUCCAUCCAUCAAAGAUCUGAAAGAGAACAGACAGCCAUCUGUAAGGGAAAUGCCAGCGAGUCGGGCUGAACCAAAGCCUCAAUUAUCAGAGUACGGUUCUGAAAAACAUCUCAUUGAAACAAGAAGAACAUUGGCAGAGCAUAGUUCUGAAAAGCCCAUCAUUGAACGAAGAAAUACAACUGGAGAAUAUGUAGCUGAUAAAUAUAAAAUAAAUCCUGCACCAUGUACUGAGUACGAAGCUGACAUACAUCGGAAUGAAUCGAAAAGUACAUUAGCAAACCAAAUUUCCGAUAGUCAAGGAAAUAAAUAUGCAACUGGGCAUGAGUCUGUUCCAAUGCGAGAAAAUUUAAAUAAAAAUCCCGACUCUGUAGAAAAUGUCAAAAUUCAAGUAUCAGUCCCUUCGAGUACAAAAAAAUCUCAGCACGGAAAAACAAUAACCGUUAAAAAUAGAGAAUAUAUGAUUUUAGGUUUCUUAGGUCAAGGAAUGAGCGGAAAUGUCUAUCGUGUACAAGAUCUAAAGUCCUUUGAACUAAGAGCCAUCAAAGUUGUAGAUCUCUCUCGGAUGGAUAAAGAAAACAUGCAGAGUUCAAUACAAGAAAUAAACAUGCUCUGUAAACUUCAAGCUCCGUGUAUUGUACAAAUGUAUGACUAUGAAAUAAUUGGUCAAACAAUUUACGUUGUCUUGGAGAUGGGGGAUACAGACUUGAGUAAAUUUAUAAAAACAAUUUGUGCCGAAAAAAAACUACCAGUCACAAUGAUAUUGUAUUAUUGGACGGAAAUGUUGACUGCUGUCAAGUAUAUUCACGAUCAUGGUGUCAUACAUUCAGAUUUAAAGCCAGCUAAUUUUUUACUAGUACGCGGUAGAUUAAAGCUGAUUGAUUUUGGCAUUGCUUCAACAGUUCACGGUGAUAUGACAUCAGUUGUAAAAAAUGUGACUGUCGGCACGCUAAACUACAUAAGCCCUGAAGCGUUGAUGGAUGUCGAUGAUACAUCAAAUCAAAACAGCAAAUAUAAAAUCAGUUAUAAAUCUGAUGUUUGGUCUCUCGGGUGCAUUUUGUACUCUUUAGUAUACGGCUAUACGCCUUUUCAACACAUACGUCAAAAUUGGGCUAAAAUUGGUGCGAUAACAAAUCCUUCAACUAAAAUAUCGUUCAAAUUGCCACCUAAUUCCGAGCCAAUACCUUCAAUUCUGAUAGAUGUUGUAAAGAAAUGUUUAACUUAUAAUCCAAAAGACAGGCCAUCAGUUGCUGACUUAAUAAAUCUUCCAUAUAUACCGAUAACAAAUAAUAGUAAUUCCGUACCGAACAUUCCAUCAAAUAUUAUAUUAAAAAUAAAACAGUCUUUAGAUGAAAAUGAGUGGCGUCAAUUUAUUGAGCUUAUGGAAAGAAGAAAUGUUUGAAUGAAAUACGUAUCUACAAGCCCGAUUGUAUAUAUAACAAGUUAUAUUAUCUCUAUGAAUGCUUAAAAAAAAUACAAUUAUACGUUGCUAUAGUUUAUAAAUGAUGAAUUUAUUUCAUCAAUUUUAUACUUAAACUUAAUUUAAAUAAAUAAAAUAAUAUAGAAAAGCAUAAAUUUAUACCUAUUUUAUAAUUUCACUUAACAAUUUAUAAAUAAA